AUGACAACACAACAUGUUAAUCCAUUUUCAAGAGUUUAUGCAUCAGCAGAAAUAAAUAAUAACUAUGAUAAUAAUAAUAAUAACGAUAAUAAUAACGAUAAUAACAAUAAUAGUAAUAAUUUUUUAAAUGAAUUCAACGAUAAACUAAAUAAAGAUUUCAGUGACAUAUAUCAGUUUGGUGAUAGUGGGGGAUACAAUAAUAAUAUAUAUGGUAGUAAAAUAAAUAAUGGUAGAGGUUUUAUCGACGAUACCAAAUUUAUGGGAGGUGCAGGUGCAGGCGCAGGAGCUGGGGGCAUUGACAACUAUAGUUAUGUUGGUAACUUAACCAAUGACUCUAAUUCAACUAAAAAUCCAUCAAUGUUAUUUGAUUCAAGAGUUCAUAAUAGUAACACCAAUCAAAACAGUAGUAACACCACCGACCAAUCAUUACAUAAUUCAAAUAUAUUAGAUAGACAAAAUUCAUUUUUAAACUCUUAUAAAAACCAAUCACAACAAAGACAACCACCGAAAAAUUCACAAGAUAAUUUUAUAAAUAAACAUAUCAAUAGACAACCACCACAACCACAAACUGCAACUAUACAACCUCAACACUCUGAUAAUUUUAACAAUAAUAAAAAUUUUGGAAACAGUCUUUCAAUUAGCAAUUUUGAUGGUGACGAAAAUAUACUCGAUAACGACCCAUAUCUCUCUUUUGAUGUUACAAAUCCAAAUAUAAAUAUAAACGAAGAGCAAUAUUAUGACGAAAAUCCUCAAGAAAUUAUCGAUUCAAAUGGUAUAGAGGAUAAUCAACAACCACAAGAAGAACACAUUAAUGAACCAUUGGUAUAUUAUUCAGAUGGCGAAGCUAGAACCCCUGGUUCAUAUUUUAAAUCAAGAUCUGCAAAUAUGUCUGGUGAUCAAUCAAUUAAUUUUGGAACAUAUAAUGAUAGUUUUUCAAAUAGAAUAAAUUUAAAUGGCAGUAUGAAUGGAGCUGGUGGUUACAAUAAUAGUAAUAAUUAUAAUCAUAAUCAAACAAUAAAUGAAAAUGAAAGGUCAAUAAAUAAUCAAAUGCAAUCACCACACAACAAUUUACCAAACACAACUGUUAAUACAAGUAUUGGAACUGUGAAUAUACCCAAUUACCCUUCACCUGUAGGAUAUACACCAGAAAGAGGAUAUUUAGAUUAUGAAACAUAUAUUCGUUUAAAAGAAAGAUAUUUAAAAAAUAUUGAUGACACUAAUUUGCCAGCAUCAACAACUACAACACCAAAAAAUAAUAUUAGCAAAAAUUUAAAUCAAAGUGGGCUUCAUAACAAUAGAAACCCAUCAUUUUCGGUAUCAUCAAUAGAUUCAAAAUACUAUAAUCAAAAAGAAACAUCCCAAUCAAAAACAAUACAAGCACAAAAAUCAACACCUACUACCUCGAACAAACAAAAAAAUAUUACAAAUAUGUUGGAUUAUCCAAUGGUUAUAAUUGAAAAGAGCAUCAAUUUUGAAAGUUGUGAAUUAGAAUGGACAAUUGUUAAAGAUAUUGUAAUUACCAACCCACAUUUAAAAUCGGUAACUCUUUCAAAUUUAAAUAUUUAUGGUUUAGAUAGAAAUUGUUUCAAUUUAAAAGUUUCAGAGAAAUAUCUUCCAGCUAAUAAAAGCCAUUCUAUGAUCAUUAUAGAACCAUCAUCAUAUAUAACGAUUGCCAUUCAAUACUCACCAACCACUGAGAACCUCCCAACAUCAGCAGAUAAUGUGCAUCACGCAAAUUUAAUUUUUACAAGUACAGCGACUGACUCUACUCAUUUAGAAGAUUUUUAUACUACCGAGUUCUCUGUUAGACCCAUUUCAAAUUCUGGUAUUGUUUGUAACUUUUCAAUUCCUAUAACUGGAACACCUUCAUCAAAUAUUUUAAAUGACUACAAUUAUUUAUAUAGUUAUAAUAUUUGGGAUAUGGGCGAGUGUGAUAUUAAUUCAACUUUAAAUUCUAAUCUAUCAAUUCAUUUUCCUUAUGGUAAUAAAUUAGCAUUCGAAUUUAGCGGUGAAGGUUUUACAUUUGAAAAACAACCAAAUGAUAAAGUUGCAUUAAAAUUCUCAGUACCAAAGUCACAAGUAUAUAAAGGCGAAGUAACUAUAAUUGAUAAAAUAACUGGUCAAAAGAAAAAUGUUCAAUUAUUAGCAACUAUAAAUAAUAAUCAACCACAACAACAACCACAACUACAACAAAAGAAAUCACAACAACCAAUAACUAUUGAUCCAUCACCAAGCCAAUCACCAAACUCCCUAUUAAUAUCAUCGAUAAGGGAUCAAAAGAAUAAUAAUAUUAAUGAUAAAGAAAGAGAAAAAGAGAGAAUAGAAAAAGAAAAAGAAAGAGAAAAAUUAGAAAGAUAUGAAAGAGAUAGAAUCGAAAAUGAAAAAGAAAGAGAAAGAGAAAGAAUAGAGAGAGAAAUAUCUGAAAGGGAGCAACAACAAUAUCAAAUAUCACCUAAUAGAAUCCCAUUAAAAAUUUCAAAUUAUGUCUUGGAGAACGGUAUUAAGAUGAUUUACGAACAAAGAAAACAAAUACAACCAACAGAUACUUUACCAAUUUUAUGUAUCUCUAAUGAACCAAUCGAAAUUGAAUGCUCAUCAACACUUCCAGAUGUUUUUGUUAUUUCACCAUCAACCCUUUUAGUUCAACCAAAUUCAACCUUACCACUUCAAAUUAGAUAUCAACCUCCAGCUGAUGUACUAUCACAUCGUGCAGCACUUAUUUUAUCGGCUCCAUCCAUUACCAAUGAAAAAAUUAAAAUUGAUUUAGUUGGUGUUACUGAAUCAUCAUCGUAUAUUCCACCAUCACCACUUAAAGUAUUUAGAGGGGACACAAGAAAAAAAAUAAAUCAACAACAGAGACCACAAGAAAUUAUAGAAGAGAAUGAAGAGGAAGAACAAAUACAAUUUCCAAUUCGACCACCAUUAUUCCAAAACUAUGAUAAUAAUGAAGAUUAUCAAUUAGAUAAUUCAAGUGUAAUUUUCCAUCACAAUGACGAUUUAACCACAUUAUCAAAGAAACCAUCACUUUAUUGUAAUAAGAAAUUAGUCCAUUUUGGUGGUGUAAGAUUGGGUGAAACCAAAACUAUAACAAUCACUUUGACCAGCACAUUACCGGUAGCUCUACAUUUGAAGGCUGCAUUCAAACAAAGUAAAUUUGGUAAAUUCUUUAGUGUAUUAAGUGGUAAUCAAUUGUUAAUAUCACCAAAUGAUAAGGGAGAGGUUGAAAUUCAAUAUGCACCUCUUUCAGUUGAUUCACAUGACAGUGUAAUUGUAUUCUCUUCAUUAAAUAAUGACAUCUCAUUCUCUGUUCCAAUUAUAGGUUAUGGUGGGAAUGCUAAAAUGGAAAUUUCCUCAUCUGCUCGUGACUUUAGAGACUCUACCAAUAGUAUUGGCACAAUUCUAUAUGUUAAUAAACAUAGUAACGAUAAUAAAUCACUUUAUUGUACAUUUAGUGUCAAAAAUACUGGUCAACGUUCUGGUUUCAUUAGAGCAAUAUCAGCAUUCUCAAACUCUCGUUCAUCUAUUUCUCCAGAUAGAGUUGUUAUUGGUGUUGGUGAAACUCAAGAGUUUAGAUUAAAUAUUCAUCCAUUAAGUGGCGAUAUUAAUUCAUUACUAUUACAAGUUCAAGAAUCUUUAAAGAACUCCACAAUGUCUCACGGAAAAGUUAAACUCUAUUAUGGUGACGAGCUAUCACGUCUUAGAUGUAUAAAUUCAAAACUCUACCGUUUAGACAAAUAUAAAUCUACUACAAAUAGCAAUGAAAUCUCGUUUGAAGGUGACUUUUUGUUUGAUUACAAAUAUAAAGAUGACUAUCAAGAUGAUUUAAAUAAAAGAGAACUACUUAUCACUGAAAAUACAAAUAGUAAAGAUGCAAACGAUUAUGAUUUAGAUACAGAAGAUGACAGCAUUGCUUUCUACCAACACUUGUCAAAUAUAAAAAUUUCACCUAUAAUUGGUAAUCCUCCAAUCAACUCAAAUAAAAAAAACAAUGUAAAUUUUGAAAGAAAUAACGAUAACGGUGAUGAUGGUGAAGGUGAUAAUAAUUUUACAAAAAAUAAUAAUGGUGGUGGCGUUGGUUUUCAUAGCAGUAGAGAAGGAAAUUUUUCAGGGAGUUCUAACAACAAUAUAAACAAUAGUAUAAAUAGAAAUAAUAGUAAUAGAAGCAAUAAUAAUCAAGACGAAGAUAUUAAUAACAUUAUGGAUAUAAACAAUUUAAAUAAUAACAUAGAUAAUCUUUAUUUAGCAAAAAUGAAUAAUAACUUUAGUGAAAUUAACAGCUUAUCAAGUGAAAAUAAAAUUAAGAAAAGUAAUAUUUUAGAUAAUUUAAAUGAUAAUAAGAAAAAUAUUUUUAAAUCAAAGAGUAUGUUCGAUUUCGGAAAUGAUUUAAAUCAACCAUCUAAACAAAAUUCCACUCCAACUAAUAAACAAAAACAACAAGAGCAAUUUUUAAAACAGCAAAUUGAACAACAUCAAGAGAAACUAUUACAACAACAACUACACCAAGAACAACUAUUAGAACAACAAAAACUUUUUCAAGAGAAACUUUUAGAACGACAACAACAGCAAGAAAAAAUUUUACAACAACAAAUUGAACAACAACAAGAGCAAAUAUUUAAACAACAACAGUUAUUUCAACAACAACAACUUCAACAACAACAACAACAACAAAUUCAAGAACAAGAACAACAGGAAAUAAUACAACAACAAAAAAAAAAUGAUGAAGUAUAUUCUAACCAACAAAAAUCACAAUAUGGAACAAUUAGCACAAUGAACAAACCUUCUUUGUUUCAAGGAAAAUCCUCUAAACCACCCAUAUCAUCAAAUUUUUCAAACCAAAGUCUUUUUUCGAAUAAUGGUAUUAGAAAUGGUGUUAAUAACAAUACAAAGAGUAUGGUAAAUAAUAAAUCACCAUCUCCAUCUCUUUCCCCAACUAUUGAAAUCGUUGAUGAAGCCCAUAAAGAACAAAGAUACCAACAAUCAUAUAAUAAUAAAAAAACAUUAGGUGAUGAUAAUAAUUUGGGAAAUUCUAGCUAUAGAGACACUUUAAUUGCAUCGUAUAAUCCUUUUUUGCAACAACAACAACAACAACAAGAGGAAGAAGAAAAAGAGAACAACGAAAAUAAUUUUCCAAGACAAGAAUAUUCUGUAUAUAGCAAUAAAAAUAUGGUUUCUCAAUUUAAUAAUAAUAUUAAUACACCACCUUUUAAAACCAAUUCAGUUAAUUUACCAAAACCAUCGUUUUCAAAUCAAAAUUUUGAAGAGAACAGUGAAAAUUCAGGCAAAAGUAUAUAUCAAAAUUUAAAUAGUACUAAAGGUUUCAAAAGCAUGGCCAGUGGUUUAAAUACAAGUAUGGGUAGUACAAAUAAUAUCGGUAUGACAAGUUUAGACAAUAUGAAGGGUAUGAAUGGUAAUACUUUAGUCGAAUCAGAAGGGUCCAUCAAAAUUCCAAAUUUUAAUGAUACUAUCAACCAGUCAGAGGAUGAUGAAGAAUUUGACAAAACAAAAAACUUUGGUUUCUCAGAUUUAGAUAUUGAUUUGAAUAGUACUUUUAAUAAUAAUAAAACAACACCAUCAAAAUCAGUUUUAUCCCCCAGAGGCUCGAAAAGACAACUAGAUUCUCAAUUUGGUAUUUCACAACAACAACAAUUGGAUAUCUCCGAAUUCGAAAAUAAUACCACUCCAUUAAAAUCAAAUAGUAACUUUACAACAAAACCAACUUCUUUUUUUGAUAAUUCAAUUUCAAACGGUACAAAUAAUAGUACACUAAGACCAUCAUCAGAUUCACUUUUUAAUACAAAUUUCAAUACAACAUCCACAAAUACUUUAAAUAAUCCAUUUAAAUCACCCCAGUCAUAUUUUAAUAAUACUUUUACCAAUAAAAAGCAACAACAACAACAAUAUUUCGAUGAUCAGCAAGUAGGUUCAUAUUUUGAAGAUGAUGAAUUUAAUGAUAAUCAAAAGGUAAUAAACUAUAAUGAAACCAUUAACCAAAUGAACAAUAAUAAUUUUGCAAAUGAAAUGGAUAGAAAAGCAAAGCAAUCAUCUCAAGUCAAAUUUAAUUCUAUGCCAUUUCCAACAAUGCACAAUAGUACAAAUCAAAAUUUAAAAUCAAUUUUAAAAAAAACAAAUCCACAAAACAUAAACCACCAAACAUCAUUUUUCAAUUCUCUUAAAAAUUAA